AUGGAGAGACGCGAGAUGAGAAUGGAGAAACAGAAGGUUCCGCUUACAGAGUUGCGUGUUCGUGAUCCUAUGACAGUUGUUGUGGAAAAACUUGGUGAUAAAAGUGCACGCGUUUACGAAUUAUUGAUGCCAUCUUUAACGUUGGUACCAAAAGAUCAAUCUAGCAUUUCGAAUUCUUUUCGAGAUAUGUUAGAUCCUCGAGAAACUGCAAGACGUUUUCGAGAUCAGAAAAGAUAUAAGAAGAAAAUUCGCAAGAGUAUAAAAAAGCGAAACGAUGUAACCUCGGACAGAGAUAGUAGAUGGGAUCUUUACGAUGAAGCGAGUAACAACGAAGAAAUGAUGAGGGAGAUAACAAAAGAAGUAGAUGUAGAAGAGGAAGAGGAAGAGACAGAAGAAGACGAAGUUGAAACUUUACCGAGUUGUCCUAGCUCGCUCACGGAAGACUUAAACUUGUCCUAUGAUGGAAAAUGGUUGAGAAAAUACAUGAAGAUUCCUUUGAGAAUGGCAUUCAAAGAAAUUGUGGCAAAAAAACCUUACGAUCCGGUUGGCUAUUUAGGCUUUUGGUUAUUAAAUUAUAAAAAAUCUUUGGAAGAAAACAAACGACAUUUGGAAUUAGAAGAAGAGUUAUAUCGUUUACGAUGUUUGAUGAUACAACCGACACCGGAAGAAGAAGUGGAACAAGAGGUUCUCCAGAAGAUGACAACAGGUGAAGAAGAGGAAAACGUUGAAGUGGAUUGGAAUUUUCAACGUUAUAAUAAUAAUAAUAAUAAUUAA